CCUUGUAAACACAGAUAAAGCCAGUGAAAGAUCACAGUGAAAAUAUCAACAGAUCUCUUUUACUCACUCAGACGAAGAGUGAGAUUUUUGCUGAAUGAACUGCUUUGAGUAGAAUUUUGCUGAAAGAACAUGCAGCUUUUAUUCUUGCUUGCCGCCGGAGUUCUCGUGGGAUCGGUUUCUUGUGACGUCGAAUGCUUCAAAUCCGUCUUCAGAGAUUGCCAACUCAACGCUGUGGAUGACUGUGAUCAACUAAAGGCUGUAUACGAAUGCGCUGCACAGAAGGCCACUGAAUGUUCCAUGGAAUUCGCUGAUCCAGCUCGAAACGUGAUCCGAGCUUUGGAAGAAGUGUGCACGGAAGCGAGUCCCCUCCGCACCCGAUUCCUCAGACAGAAAGAAUGCUAUACUGAAGCUCUGGACAACGAGAACUGCUUCUACCUCAUCUACAAUUUGAGCAGCUACAUCGAGACAUCGCAGGACUUCAUCAAAAUGAACAAGGAGGGCUGUAGGAAUUUGAAUGUUUACUCCAAAUGUGUCGUGAAAAACGUGAAAAAGAACUGCGGCGACCUUUCCACCUUCACCUACUUGUUGGAUCCCCUGAUGAGGUUGGGCCAAGGUCUCUGCAAGGAAGUGAUACUCCCCGCAGACGAGAAUGACAAGGCGUCUGACAAUUUAGGCUUGCUUAGCAUCUUUUCGAUCACAGUUCUCUCCUUUUAUCAUAUCUGAAUAAAAUAAAUGUGGAAGCAUGAAA